CGACCACCUGGACAUUUAUAUUCGCCCAGUUCCUGGAAAAAUUUCUCCGACUACUUCUAAGCGACCAUGAUCCGUCCUGUUCGUGUUGGAUGCACUCUCUAAUUUUUUUUGUUCAUUGGAGUGGUUUCCAUCUUCUCCUAGAGGUCGGAGUUCCGUCAUCUUAUCCCCCUCAGCCGAAGAAUCUUUGCGCUUGACGUGCCAGCCAUCGAGAGAUAGCCACUACCACGAGAAUCAGAGCCGUUCCCGUCCGUCCAUGCCCGCGGUAGUCAUCCACCGCCAUUCCUCUCUGCCCUAGUUGCAACCUCGUUUCCUCGCAAUCCAGCCACCUAAACUGCUCGAUUCCGGACCUAAGUCCGGUAUCCUGAAGACAACCAAUCCUGUCAGGGGCAACCGGCCGCACAGCGACAGUCUCUGGAAUCUCGUUUCUCGCCCCGUAGGGUGCAAAGACUGUCAUACACUCCGCCAAGGAACGGACUCGGAACCUUAUACGAUGUCUUCUUCUCCCGAGCAAUGUGCUAUCUUCCCUGAGGGGGAUGGCACCGUCGAGGGCCUAAGGAGCCGAGCACCUAAGAAAUCAAUUGCGUCUAUAUUCGUUCACGCAGGAGCGGGCUAUCACAGUGUGGCAAAUGAGAAGGUGCAUCUUCAGGCAUGCACAGAUGCUGCUCGUGUCGGGAUGAGUUUCCUCAAGGCCGGAGCAACGGCUACGCAAGCUGUCGAAGCGGCCAUCAGAUGUCUCGAGGAUAAGGAGAUUACGAAUGCCGGUUUUGGGAGCAAUCUGAACAUCGAUGGCGUGGUCGAGUGCGAUGCCACCAUUGUCGACCAUCUCGGAAGAAGCGGUGCCUGUGGCGCCGUUGCGGGCGUCAAAAACCCCAUCUCCCUGGCCAAGAAGAUUCUUGAUACGAGCAGUCAGCCUCUGUCGCUCCGCAGGGUUCCUCCCAACAUACUUGUCGGCCCGGGAGCCAAGGAGUUUGCAGAGGAGCACGCACUGAAAAUCGUCCGGAACGAGUUCCUUGUCUCCAGGAAUGCGAAAGAUCGAUACCUCCGCUGGAACGAAGAUCUGAAGAGGGCUGAGGCGCGAAAGCGGCCCCGUACAGCGUAUUCCGGCGUAAACUGGAGCGGCCAAAGGACAUCAUCGCCGGGUGCCUAUGACAAAGCCGCAAACCCCGCUAAUACUGUGCAGCUUCGGGACCACGCCAGUGCCAUUCUCACAGGCACAUGGAACGAGGGUCAGCCCGAUUCUCCGGAUUCUGGCCGGUCCCCCAUCGGCGAAUCCGCGUCGCGUACAGCAGCGGAUUCUUCGGCCUCUCCUGCCUCUCAGCCACCGGGAAACCGGUCGGCAUCAUUAGAGUCGACAGAACGUGUAGGCUUGGGAGCUGAAUCACCGUAUCUCGCAUCAAUGCCUCUCUCCUCUCGUCCAGUCAACGACGGACCGGCAAGUUGUGACGACACUGAGGUACAUACGGGGGAUGGUAAAAUCGAAUACCACGAUACAGACGGACUUGGCAUCUCGUGUGGCAAAGUCAAGAGACACCACGCCACCACACAGAGUCCCGUAGAUGUGGAACAGGUUGCGGACAUGGUGACGGAUACGGUUGGGGCAAUUGCGGUUGACCUGCGGGGCAACAUUGCAGCGGGAUCCUCGUCAGGAGGAAUCGGGAUGAAACACAAAGGUCGCACCGGGCCUGCGGCUCUCGUGGGCGUUGGCACUGCUGUUGUGCCCGAGGAUCCAGACGACGAUUUCGCAACAUCCGUCGCCGCAGUUACCAGCGGUACCGGCGAGCACAUGGCAACGUGUAUGGCCUCGAGCAAGUGCGCCGAACGUCUGUUUCAAGGCACCCGUCGCGGACCUGGCGGACGCGACAUACCCGAGGAGGAUGAGCAUACCAUAAUGGAGUCUUUUAUCUUGGACGAUUUCAUGAACCAUCCCGGCGUCAGGGACCAGCCCUCGGUCGGUGCCAUUGGGGUCAUGGCUGUCAAAAAAGACCUUACGGGGAUUUACUUCUACUUCGCGCACAACACGGAUUCUUUUGCACUGGCGUCUAUGUCGUCGACCGAACGCGAACCCCUCUGUGUCAUGUCACGCCUGGGUAAGACCGGGCGUGUCGCCCAGGGCGGACGGAGGAUUCGGCUGGGAUAACGUGCUCCUACGAAAGUGUAUCCGGACUGACUUAUGGCGGCAUUGCGGGCGCAUAUCAGGCGUUGCUAGGAGUGGAAAGGAUAGCAUCACUUACAUGGGGUACUGCACCUUGAUUAACUCACAUUGCACUUUGCCAGAGUAGCUUCAUAGAUUAGCAAUACAUGUCAUUGCUUGAUAUUCAUGCAUGUGACAAACUACAGAAGCAGGAUCGGUGAGGCCUCUGUGAGCCUGGGUUGUUCUCCACGCCGACCAGCAGCAGCCAUC